AGAGAGAGAGAGAGAGAGAAAGAGGGAGGGGAGGUUUAUCCAAACACUGGUGAGACAGAAGUUUCAGCUCUACGCUUCACACACAGCCAGGACAGAAGAUACCACACGCAAACGUGCAGAUACGAUGCUGCUCCCAGCGAGCGCGCUAAUUGGCCUGCUGUGCCUGAGUCAUGCGGGGGGCGUCUGGGGAUUCGCCCGUCUGCUGGACGACGUGGAGUUACGCUCAGCUUUCUCGGUUGCACGCACCAACAGCAUGGAAGGCGGACCCAAGAUGACGGUGACCUUUGACACUGUUUACGUCAACAUCGGCGGUGAUUUUGACCCCAAGGCUGGCUUGUUUCGUUGCCGUAUCCCUGGGGCUUACUACUUCUCCUUCACGGUGGGAAAGUUCCCGCACAAAGACCUGUCUGUGAUGCUGAUGAAGAACAGAAACGAGGUGCAGGCCAUCGUGUACGAGGAGAACGCCGGCGAGGAGAGGAAGGUGCAGAGCCAGAGCGUUAUGCUGCAGCUGGAGUUCGGUGACACUGUCUGGCUCCGUCUCCAUGGUGACCCUCGCUAUGCGCUCUACAGCAACACCGGACACUACACCACCUUCAACGGUUACCUCGUCUAUCCCGACACCUACGGCUACCAGACGCACCACCAUCAACACCGUCCUACCUACAACUCCCAGCAGCCCCAGCUGAACGGUAACCAGGCCACGGAGCACGUCGGGCCUGGAAUGAGGGACACGGCGGUAGAGGAGAAGGAGCUGCAACAUAGGGAGGAAGAAGAGGAGGAGGACGACGAUGAGGAGGACGAUGACCAGAGAUCUGCCUUCUCUGUGGGGCGCACCCAAAGCAUCGUGGGAGUAGACCAAGUGGGCAUGCCGCAGCAUCAGCCGGUCAGCUUCGACACGGCGUUCGUCAACAUCGGAGAAGACUUUAACGUGACUGAGGGGGUGUUCACCUGCCGUGUUCCCGGGGCCUACUACUUCUCCUUCAACGUGGGCAAACUGCCCCAGAAGACGCUGUCGGUCAAGCUGAUGAAGAACCGCCUGGAGGUGCAGGCGAUGAUCUACGACGACAGCCAGGGCGAGAAAGCUCUGCAGAGUCAGAGCUUGAUGAUGUCGCUGAAGCCGGGAGACACCGUCUGGCUCUACUCCCACCAGAGAGAUGGCUUCGGGGCUUACAGCAACCACGCCAAGUACAUCACCUUCACCGGCUUCCUGGUUUACCCAGACCCCCCACCUACCGCUACCACUACCACCACCACCAGCCAAUCAAAUGCAGACAAGAAGCCCUAGCUGCAGCACAUGAGCGAAGGACUGAACAUUGUGGGAGGAAUUCAUGCAAGGUGGAAGAGUCCGUGAAAGGCGUUGUGCGGUUCCUGUGCCGAGUGGAGAAAACUGGAAAUGACUGUUGUUUUGUGGUCGUCUGACGCUUCCUCUUCAUAUGAAUUCCUUCGCAAAGUCACAGGGACCUUGGACUGAGUGUAAAUGAAUGAAUGGCUCCCCGGUAUUUGACUUCAUCUCACUCAAAUUUUGGACCUUGAAUGACAGUAAUGUGAACACUAACUGAAUAGUUUGCUCAAUGAUGAAAACUCGGUCAUUACUCGCUCACCUCUGUGUCAGGCAAUGUCUUAUUGAAGUUAGAACGACCCCUUCAAUACGCCGGGAGUUCGCUCCUGUGGCGUCAUAUUUACAGUGCCCCAUGAUCAAAACAUUUUAAAAACUAAAUGAUUGCACUACGGAUCCAAAAGUCCACGAAUAUCCUUCAGAGGAGCCUUCGAAUCGCUGCUCACAUCUCUGAUUAAAGCAAAAAAACGGCAAUUCAGUCUGAUUAACAGGCGUGAAGGAAUGAUGAUUAAAAACGUGUAUGCACAUUUUAUGCUCUUUUUUUUUAAGCCGUAGCUGUAUUAACAGCAGUAGUAAGAGAGUUUGAAAGUCCUACAUACUCUCCUUGAGUUUUGACUGACAUGAAGGUGAGGAGAUAAUCACAGUUUUCAUUUUUAAGUGAAAUAUUCCUUUAAGUGCAUUUUGUUAUUAUUAUCCUCGUCAAAGACUCGGUGUUUCUACUCGUACGUAUCACGUGUCAUCUUGCUUUCUUUAUGUCUUUAGAGGCAUGUGAAAAUGAUAUGAACAGCGUGUUUUGUGUCAAAAUCUUUUUUCUUCAUUCUGGAGCGUUUCUCACCCCCGAUACUCGGCCGCAGCAGGAGCCGAGGACAACGGGACGAAACCGACUUUGACUUACUUUUGUAACAAAAAAAAACAACAAAAAAAAAAGUGCAGACUCCAUAUCCAUCCCAUACAGACUAUUGACCACAUGCCGCCUCCGGGCCUGCGGGGAUCUGGACCUCAUAAUUUGAUUUCUAAUUCUAGCAGCGUUUAAUUCAUUUCUUCAGAUGGCAACCACUGUGGGGAAAAUUGAAUUGCUUCUCCCAGGCCACAGUAAUAAGCACGUCUGUUUAAUUUCACACUGCCGGGAGAAAGAUGAUGAUGUUCAAAUUGUGAUGAACCUUGACUUUAUGAAAUCACCCUCUCUGCUGGAGAGGCACCAUCUCAAGUGAUUCUACUUCACUUUGACUUAACAUUUGCAUUUUUUUUUAUGUAUGAGAUGUGAAGUUUUGAUGUAAACAACAAGCUGAGGCAAUUUCACAACUUUAAUAUGAAACAAGCUUCUAAAGUUAUCAAUUUUAAUGAUUUCGACUACAUUUUUAAAGGGCCAGUUUACCUAUAAUUUUUGCCACCACCUCAAAACAAUCAAUAAUUUCAUGUUAACAAUUGAUCAAAGCUAUCAAAGCUAUUUGGAAUAUGAAUGGAGUUGCUUAUAUUUACAAAUUUAACCAAGAAUUAUCUCUCAACUCUGCAGCUCCUCUCAGCUUUACGGAGCGUUUUAGCAUCUUUCAGCCUUAUGUUUUAAUUUUACAGCAAUUUACUGUUUCAGUUCAGUCUCACAGCCACAAAAGGCUGCUGUUGUCAGUGAAGAAGCUCCCUGCCCAGCACCAAACGUCAGACAAAGUCAGCGUCUGACUGGUUAACAUGUGUGUGUGUGUGUGUGUGUGUGGAGCAUUUAGCAGCUGUGGGAAUCACUUAGCUGCUUCAUGAUCCAACACGUGGACAUGCACGCUUGAAAGUCUCAUUAAAAAUAAAUAUCACAGACAGAUAGUGGAAAGUGAUAUUAUACUCUACUUGUCUGUAAAUAAUUCUUUAAAAGCACAGCAUUCAUUCAGACUGAUGCACUAUAGUUAAAGCACAUUUAAAAUGGUCCAAUCAGAUUACAUCCAGAUAAAUCUGAAGAUAUGACCGUACAGUACAGCACAGUACAGUCAGAGAGGUGAAAAGCUGAGUUUUAGAAAUCUCUGACCUCACAGUGAUCUCUUUGGCACCGGUGGGGGGGGGAACGUCCUCGCACCUUCUCUGAAAACUAAUAACGUGGAGAGAGUCUCCAGCUUCACACUCGCACCAGGCGGCUCCUUCACCACGGUCUCACUAAUGGAUAAUUUCCUGUCCUUUACGGCUGCAGUGACUUCUAAGAAAGUGACAAAACUUUAGACAAUGAAAUGCUAAUUUUCUUCUUUUUUUUUCACAGUAUGAAAUUAUACUGCGAGUGUGCCUCAUUUCAGAUAAUAAUGUAUUUUGUCACAGUCUAACCCAUGGUGGUUUUUUCUAUUUCAGCCUCAGUAAGUGAGCAGCGGCACAGAGGUCGGACCUGUGAUUGCUUCAGUGUUACUGUGAGACAGACAGACCCCACCCGGUUCAGUAUAAUCGGUCUGUGAAGGUGAUUCGAGCAUAACUCAUCUGACAUACUCAAGAAGCACUUGUGUGAUGCAUGCAUAUAUCUAAAAAAAAAAAAAAAAUACAAUGAAUUAAAAGAUGAUUGCUGAACAGCUUCACAGGCCCCCGUCGACGCCUGUUACUGUGUAUUUUUAUCGAUACGUGAAUUAUCUUGUACAGUAUUUGACAAAUUGUUGGAUGUGUCUGGUCUGUGCUUCUUUGUUUCUGAUAACUCUGAAGAAAGAUUGUGUUGUAGAUGUCGAGCGGACAUGGAUCAAAAUGUCAUUAGAAGUACUUCCCGGUUAUUGAUUUGUCUCGAUCAAACAGAAGCAGAUUGUACUUUUCUAUGAUUUUGAGCUCCAGAAGCACAAACCAGAGUAAAAACGAUUCUGGAAUAAUAAGUAAAAUAAUAUCAAAAAAACAUUUUGACCCAUGUCUUGUUUCAGUAGUCUGGCUCAUGUCGAAAUGUUUUGAAUAUUUCUUACAUGUAAAAUGAAUGCUUCAAUGACAAAUGUUUGACAAAAUUAAAAAAGAAAGA